AACAACUUCAUCUCGCUGUUCGACGCGUUUGAGAAGCGGAAGGAGCCGCUGUACGACGUCUAUGAGAGCUACAAGCCGCCGAUAAGAGCGAAGAAACACACAUGCGUGGGCUUAGGCUUCGAGUUGAUCAGGCGUUGGCGCGCUAUGGACCCUGAAUUCCCUGGCUUGGCUAAAGCGACCGCUCUACUUUCCUGCGAAGAGGCAGUCGUGGACGUCCGGGGUUAUGUCACCAAUGGAGACUGCCCGACGGCGGUGGCGGAGGCCGAGAAGGAACACGUGAUGGUGGGAGUCCAGAUCAGGGUAGAUGGAAGACCAGGGCUGCUGCUGGCCGACCCGGGGUACCACGUGCCGAGGGCCGUCACUGUUAUGCAGGAUGGACUUUAUCCUCACACCGGCUGGUUCACCCAAACCGACGAUCAGUUCCUCAAGGAGUACAGCUACGCGUUCAGCCCCCACAACUCCAACUACGUCGAAUGGCGGGAGCGGACCACCCGGGACGGCACUGUGAAACGCCAGACCUCGCUCGUUUACACCGCGAGGCCGUAUUUGGAUGGCGUCAAUGUUACCGAAAGGAGGAACCUUGUCUACAACUUUAGGAGCCUCCUAGCCCGCGACCAGAAAGGUCAGCUCGUAGCCGGCCUCUACUUUCCCGUGGGCGCGCGCGGCAAAGACGCUUCCUUCACGCUGUUCUUCGACACCGGGGCCGAGAAGCGAAAGACUAAGCACAAGUUCAGCGUGUUUACCGACGAGAUUGAGAUCCCACAAUCCCUGUCCGACGAGAUCGAGCUCUGCAACAGCCAGAUGAACUACCCGCAAGGCGAACUCCGUCGCAUCCUCACCAAGCUCGCCAAGGUCGUCUCCCACCAACCAUUCAUCGAACAGAUGCUCGAAAUCAACGAGGACAUCUGCCGCAUCAGCCUCUGACGGCAACAUGGCGUCCGCAAAAUGGCCGACGCCACAGACUAAAUAUCCAGCCAACCCAACAAGGCGUCCGCAAAACGGCCGAUGCCACAGACUAUAUCACCCGCUUCUUUUUAGAUUAGUUCCUCUCACUGGUUCCUCUAUAUUUAUAGGUAUAUUUUAUUAUUGUAUUUUAAAGAUUCAUUUAAAUCUAACGUAGAAUUUUGGUGAUGGGAUUAUUUUACAAUUUUAAAUUUUUACUUAUACUUUGUAGAUUAAAAUUUAUAUUAUUUAUUGGGAUUGGUGAAUGUUUUACUUGCUUUAGCAAUACAAUUUAUUUGACGG